AUGAAAGAACGCCUCAGAAGCAAGGUGUGGUGGCCUGGGAUUGAUAGGGAAGCAGAUACAUUUGUUCGCACCUGCGACGAGUGUCAGAAGGUUGGUAAGUCAAUCACUUUGCAAGAGAUGUCUCGUCGUACUCUCCCUGAUGGACCUUGGCAGGACUUAGCCAUUGAUUUUAAAUCAUUGCCAUCAAACAAACACUUAUGUGUUGUAGUAGAUUACUUCAGCAAAUUCAUCGAGUGCAAGGUCAUGAAGAAGACCACAGCUGAAGCCACGACGGCAUUCCUGCAAGAAGUUUUUGCGAGGUUUGGCUAUUGUUAUUCAAUAACAUCCGACAAUGGUCCUCCUUUCAAUUCUGAAGAGUUUUCAAAUUUCUGUAAAGAGUUAGGUAUCAUUCAUUACACCACUCCACCUUAUUGGGCUCAAGCCAAUGGAGAGGUAGAAAGACAAAAUCGCAGUAUUAACAAGAUUAUCAAAAUUGCUAUGCUGAAAGAUAAAAACUACAAGCGGGAGUUAAACAAUUAUCUCCUGAUGUAUCAUUCAACUCCUCAUUCUGUAACUGGUAUUAGUCCGGCAGAACUCAUGUUCAAUCGCAAACUUCGAGACAACAUUCCAACGAUGAGAGAACGGAUCGAAGUUCCAGGUGUUCGAGAACGUGAUGCAUACCAAAAGGCGUUGUCAUCAGAAAGACUCAAAUAUGACUCAGUUCCUGACAAAGCAUUUGAAGUUGGAGACGAAGUUUUGGUGAAAAGACCUUUUAGUCAUCUUAAAUCCGAUUCCAAGUUUGAAGGGGAUACAGGAACAGUUACAUCAGUAGAUGGUCCAUUGGUCUCGGUUAAUACACCUACGCGUUCAAUUCAACGUCAUAAAAAUCAAGUGGAAUGGUAUGAUCAUCGUCCAACUGAGAAGUUAAGAGAGGAUACAUUACCUGAAGCGAUCAAAAGUGGAGAAGGUUCACCACCUGCAGCAGUUUCGUCACGUCCAGUUCGCAAUAAGCAGAAACCAGUUUGGCAGAAAGAUUAUGAUUUGUCAUAA